AUGGCCGAGUGCCACGACCUCUCGUACGACGACAGCUGCGACUCCGGUUACGACCUCUCCUUCAAAUCCGAAAGCGACGACAAACCGGAGCCCUUCGACUGCGACUUCCACCCCAACCCGGCCCUCCUCGACACCUUCACCACCGCCUUCCACUCCACCCUCGACAACUUCUACACGCUGUGCGCCGCCGAGGCCAAAACCUCCACCCCCACCAAGGAGAAGCCGAAGAAACGCUACGGGAGAGCCCCCAGGAGCAAGAGCCCCUCGCAGAUCCUCCGCAUCAAGCGCGUCCGGAGGCUCAAAGCCAACGACCGCGAACGCAACAGAAUGCACAUGUUGAACGAGGCCCUCGACAGGCUGAGGUGCGUCCUCCCCACGUUCCCUGAAGACACCAAGUUGACGAAAAUCGAAACGUUGCGGUUCGCUCAUAGUUACAUUUUUGCGUUGACGCAGACUUUGAGCGAUUUGGAGAGGUGUUCCACGAGUGGUGAGAGUGUGACUGUCAAUGUCGGGAAUGUCACUGUUUCGAUAGGGAAAAGCGGGAAUUGCAUCACGGCGAGGAACGGGAAUGCGGUCGUCACUAGUGGGAGUAUCACCAAUGCCAGUUUUAUGCAGGAUUACCACUACACGGGAAGACAGGAUGACGGGUUUGUCGACCAAGGGUUUCCUGCAGGGAAUUUUCUCAACAAUAAUUGCUACGAAAGCAACGAUUUCAUGUACGAAUAUUUGUAAGAUGUGUGAUAACGAUUCUAGUCAGGCCUUAACUUGUGCU